CCUUCACUGCGCUACUGAGGAACUGUUGCGGCUACACAGCCGGAUGACGCAUUCCGUUCAGUUCAGUAACUUCGUAACUAAUUUUUGUAGAAGUAGGUGGAAAUUUUCUAGUUGGAGACCGGUCGCUGCGUCGCUAGCUCACGUGUUCGGAACGCUUCUGAUAAUUUUAAAUUUUAUUGAACAAUUUGUUCUUAUUAUCUACGUGAUUUUAUUGUUUACUCACCAAUAUAAAUGUAUAAACCCAUCAGCACGCAGUUUUUGUGACUGGUACCGCUGGUACCUUUAUAUAUACCUUUUUCAGUAUUGUGCCGCUCAUGAUACGAUUUUGUGCGCGAAGAUUUACUUCUGUCGAUCAAACCUAACCUAACGAUUUUCUGAAUUUUUUAAUUUCGAGAACCCGAUUAAUUACCAUUAUUAAAUGGUGGGAAGUGGAAUGGGAGAUAGAGAUUGGAGGCCUUUUAUUUAUGGUGGGAUUGCAUCGUGUGUUGCAGAAUUCGGUACGUUUCCUAUCGACACUACGAAGACUAGGUUGCAGAUACAGGGGCAAAAGCUAGACAAGAAACAUGCGAAGGUCAAGUACAGUGGUAUGAUCGAUUGCUUUUUUAAAACUGCAAGGCAAGAAGGAUUUGCAUCACUUUAUUCAGGUAUUUGGCCGGCAGUAUUAAGACAAGCUACUUAUGGUACCAUCAAGUUUGGUACUUACUACUCACUAAAAAGUAUUAUCUUAGAGCAUAAUAACGGUAAAGAAAGUAUUUCGGUAAAUGUUGCUUGUGCUGUGAUAGCUGGUGCUUUUUCAAGUGCUAUUGCUAACCCAACGGAUGUAUUGAAGGUGCGCAUGCAAGUAGCCGGCACCAACGGUAAUGCUAAUAUCGGACUUGUAGACUGCUUCAAGGACGUAUAUACUCACGAAGGAAUCUCAGGCUUAUGGAGGGGUGUGAAUCCCACUGCCCAAAGAGCUGCUGUAAUAGCCGCUAUAGAGUUGCCAGUCUAUGACUUAUGUAAAAGUCGCUUGAUGAACUUGCUUGGUGAUAACGCAUCUAAUCAUUUCAUUUCUAGUCUUGUUGCCAGUUUAGGGAGUGCAGUUGGUUCUACACCGAUAGACGUAGUACGGACUCGACUUAUGAACCAGCGCAAGUUGAAGAAAAGCGGGGGACCAUUACCGUCUCACAUUUACAUUGGAACAGCAGAUUGCUUUAUUCAAACAUUCAAAAACGAAGGAUUUUGGGCAUUUUACAAGGGAUUUAUUCCGACCCUCUUUAGAAUGGGCCCUUGGAAUAUAAUAUUUUUUAUAACUUAUGAGCAGCUUAAGCAACUGUAUUAAUUUAUUUCUGACUGCACCUUGUGACAUUUAUGACUGUUUAUUUAUUUGUGUACCAGUAAAAUUGUGUCUUUUAAAUUAUCACUAUUUAUUGAAUAUAAAAAUGUAUAUAUUACACUGUAUAAAACUUGAUAAUAAAUGUUGCGCCAA